UUACUCACACCAGAGACCUCUCUCUCUCUCUCUCUUCUCUCUCUCUCUCUACACUCUUCACUCUCCUCUUUCUCAGUAGCCAUAGCCAUAGCCAUAGCCACUGGAAGAAGCACAAUGCAAGCAAACCCUACACUCACCACUACUUACAGUUACAGACCUCUCCUUCACCAUCACCAUCACCAUCACCAUCUCCCUCUCCAGUUUCCUUUCUCCCCAAUUCCAUGGCGCCGUCGUGGUACCUCUCUCAGACUCAGGGUUUCCAAAUCUCACUCUUUCUUCUCUCUCCUACUCUCCGCCAAUAAGAAUCCCUCCCGCUUCGCCUGCAGAGCUCUUCCCGAGCCCGUCUCCGUCAAAAUCCCCGUCGGCGAUAGACAUAUUUCGGUUGAGACCGGCCAUAUUGGUAGACAAGCUAGCGCUUCUGUUACAGUCACUGAUGGAGAAACUAUUGUUUACACCUCUGUUUGUUUGGCUGAUACUCCAAGUGAACCUUCAGACUUUUUUCCUCUUUCUGUAUUUUAUCAAGAGCGUUUUUCAGCAGCAGGUCGAACUAGCGGAGGGUUUUUCAAAAGAGAAGGAAGGACAAAGGAUCACGAGGUUCUGAUCUGUAGAUUGAUUGAUAGGCCUUUGCGUCCAACAAUGCUGAAGGGCUUCUACCAUGAAACUCAGAUACUUUCUUGGGUUCUGAGUUAUGAUGGUUUGCACUCUCCAGAUGCUUUGGCAAUCACAGCUGCAGGAAUAGCAGUUGCUUUAUCGGAAGUGCCAAAUGCAAAGACUAUUGCUGGAGUUCGAAUUGGCCUUGUUGGAGAUAAGUUUAUCGUCAAUCCAACAACAAAGGAGAUGGAAGACUCCAAGUUGGACUUGUUGCUAGCAGGCACAGAUGAUGCAAUAUUAAUGAUCGAGGGUUAUUGUAAUUUUCUUCCCGAGGAAAAGUUGCUGGAAGCUGUACAAGUUGGGCAGGAUGCCGUGCGAGCAAUUUGCAGUGAGGUGGAGUCUUUGGUUAAGAAGUGUGGGAAACCAAAAAUGUUUGAUGCAAUCAAAUUGCCUCCUCCUGAGCUCUAUAAACAUGUCGAAGAUAUUAUUGGCAAUGAGUUAGUGCAGGUCUUGCAGAUUAGGAGCAAAAUACCUAGAAAAAAAGCUCUCACUUUGCUUGAAGAUAAAGUUAUAGACAUAUUGAGUGAAAAAGGGUACAUUAGCUCUGAUGCAAUUCUUGGUGUUAAUGAAACACUAUCUGAUAUACUUGAGGAUGAAGAUGAGGAUGAGGAAGUGGUUGUAGAUGGUGAAGUGGAUGAAGGAGAUGUUCAUAUAAAGCCUACUUUACGAAAAACCACUCCAUUGCUGUUCUCAGAAGUAGACGUGAAGCUAGUAUUUAAAGAAGUUACAUCCAAAUAUCUGCGAAGAUGCAUUGUUGAGAAUGGAAGAAGAAGUGAUGGCCGAACCCUAGAAGAAAUACGUCCAAUAAACUCAAGAUGUGGACUACUUCCAAGGGCACAUGGAAGUGCUCUUUUUACACGUGGUGAAACUCAGUCCUUAGCUGUGGCUACACUUGGCGAUCGACAGAUGGCACAGAGAAUAGACAACCUUGUCGGUGUAGAGGACUGGAAGAGGUUCUAUCUCCAGUACACAUUUCCUCCUUCUUGUGUUGGGGAAGUUGGGCGGAUUGGUGGUCCUAGUAGAAGAGAAAUUGGUCAUGGAAUGCUUGCAGAGAGAGCUCUUGAACCAGUAUUGCCUUCUGAUGAUGAUUUUCCUUACACUGUACGAGUUGAGAGUACCAUCACCGAGAGCAAUGGCUCCUCAAGCAUGGCAUCAGUUUGCGGUGGUUGCUUAGCGUUGCAGGAUGCUGGGGUUCCGAUUAAAUCCCAUAUAGCUGGCAUAGCGAUGGGUUUGGUUCUGGACACUAAAGAAUUUGGUGGCGAUGGUAGUCCAAUUAUUCUAUCAGACAUAACUGGAUCUGAAGAUGCCUCUGGAGAUAUGGAUUUUAAGGUCGCAGGAAAUGAAGAUGGUGUAACUGCUUUUCAGAUGGACAUUAAGGUGGCUGGAAUUACUUUACCUAUUAUGAGAAAGGCACUUCUACAAGCGAAGGAUGGCCGGAAGCAUAUCCUUGCUGAAAUGUUGAAGUGUUCACCUCCUCCGUCCAGAGCGCUUUCAAAGCAUGCCCCGCUGAUUCAUGUCAUGAAGGUCAGACCUGAGAAGAUACAUGUAAUCAUUGGUAGUGGUGGGAAGAAGGUAAAGAGCAUUAUAGAAGAGACGGGAGUAGAUGCUAUUGACACAGAAGAGGACGGGACUGUAAGAUCAGAAGAAAGCCUUGUGAAAAUCACCUCAAGGGAUUUGUUAAGCUUGGAAAAAGCUAGAGCAAUUAUAAGUAAUAUGACAAUGGUUCCAAGUGUAGGCGAUAUUUAUAGGAACUGUGAGAUCAAGUCAAUAACAAAUUAUGGAGCUUUUGUAGAGAUAGCACCUGGACGGGAGGGACUUUGCCAUGUUAGUGAGUUGAGUUCAAAUUAUAUAGCAAAGCCAGAAGACGCUUUUAAAGUUGGAGACCGUUUUGAUGUUAAACUUAUUGAGGUAAAUGAAAAAGGCCAACUUCGGCUUAGUCGUCGAGCUCUACUUCCCGACGCAGAGAAUUCCAGUGACUCAGAAGAUAGUGCAGCAUCACAAGAAACAAGCGAUAAGGGUUCACCUAAGAAAAUGGUGAGUGAACAGUCCAAGGAUAAAGGUGGCGCAACAAAAGGAAGGAGCUCCAGCAAAAGUAACUUAUCAGAAAAUAGCAUACAAAAGAAGUUUAUUCGGAAAUUAGUUGGCCCUGGCAAAGAGAACAAAGAGAAGGAGAAAAAGAGCAGCAGUAAACCACUCAGUAGCAUUUCGAGCAAAGAUGGAAAUAGUUUAGUCAAUGGAGAGGCAAACAAUAUUGGAUAAUGACUUUCAUUUUUGUUGAUUGAUGAGGAAGGAAUACAUCUCUCUCUCAUGCUGAGAGUGGCAUGGCAUGGCAGAAGAACGGCUCCCAUACUGAAACUGACAUUGCAGGGAAAUUCAUAAGGAGAUCUGUUGGUUACCUUGAUGGCUGGUUGGUUCUAACGAGCUCGAUUGUUGAAAUUUCAGUGCAGAAUGCAGAGUGUAGUUGGAUGCAUAUAAUAGCUUCUUUCUUUCUUUCUUUCUCAUAUUGUGUUCUUUUAGAAAACCUCAUGUCAUGGCCACUAUAAAUUUACAGAAAAAAUGAUUGGUUCUUGAUUUAAGAUGUGCAUGUUAUUAGUUUCUA